UUAGCUAUGGGCGGGCGAGAAUGAGGCGACUCCUGUUUUCCUGUGUGUUUGCCAGCACAGCCCCAGCUCGUUGUGUCUAAGCAAUACAACUUCAUAGGCAAGCAAGAAGGCAGCCUGGUUGCUACAGUCACACAAUGGACCUUCCAGGUUCAGCACAACAAGCAAACUGAACAAUCGAACUCAAGCAGGGGACUUAUAGGCGCAUCGAGAAAGCCAGAGAGAAAGAGCAUCUUGUGGAGUGCCAGGCUGCCAGCUCAUUGCUGUGGCAGGAUGGAUCUAUGGGGCAAUAAUACUACAGGAGAGAGAAGAGCUGCGCUGAAGCCUUUGAAGUGGGAGCAAAGCUUCAUGAGAGUUGCUAAAGUGCUGCUGUCCAUGGUGCUGAUGUUGGUAGCGCCACCUACAGUCCAUGCUCAGAAUGACACAGAACCCAUAGUGCUGGAAGGAAAGUGCCUGGUGGUCUGUGAUUCCAACCCGUCUUCAGAUGGAGCAAUUACAUCGUCUUUGGGUAUAUCAGUGCGUUCUGGAAGUGCCAAGGUGGCUUUUUCUGCUAUUAGGAACACCAACCAUGAGCCCUCUGAGAUGAGUAACCGCACCAUGACUAUCUAUUUCGAUCAGGUGCUAGUAAAUAUUGGGAACCAUUUUGACCUUGCAUCCAGUGCAUUUGUAGCGCCAAGAAAAGGAAUCUAUAGCUUCAGUUUUCAUGUGGUCAAAGUGUACAACAGACAGACUAUCCAGGUAAGUCUAAUGCAAAAUAACUAUCCGGUAAUUUCAGCCUUUGCUGGGGAUCAGGAUGUUACCAGAGAAGCGGCCAGUAAUGGGGUCCUUCUGCAUAUGGAGAGAGCUGAUAAAGUUCACCUAAGACUGGAUAGGGGCAACCUCAUGGGAGGAUGGAAAUAUUCAACCUUCUCUGGCUUUUUAGUAUUUCCAUUAUAAGGAGAGAACAGCAAAGAUUGGACAGUCCAUAUAGCCAUUAAUGUGGUGGAACAAGAUCUUAUCUCCAACGUCCCUCCCAGAUUGCCUCUGUAGAAGAACAAAUUUUCUUCUAGGUAAAAUAUUUACUAUGAUAUUGACUUUUCCUUGGGAAACUGCGCCUCUAAUUAGUUUUAGACGACAGUGAUCUUUAGGAUAAAUGAAAUUAUCGACCUGAGCAAUUUGUACCUGUGAUUGUAAAGUCAAUAUCGGAAUUUAUUGUUGGGAUCAUUGACUUUUUUUUUUUUUUGUUGUUGUUCUGAGACAAAUACUCGGACCCACACAGUUGAUAGGAGACACCACAAAAGAGAAGAUUCCAAAUCCGUGUUCUUGCAAUGCUUCUUUUCAGUGUUUGUAUAGCCUUAAGAAACGAAUGGCUUGAGUCUCAGUAAUGUAUAUUUUUGGAUUUCUGGACAUGACUGUGUCAAGAAGUGCUUUAUACAAACAAGCGACAUUUGCACGAUUGGAAUUACCUAUUUCGUUUUGUGUUGUUUGUGUAUUUCUUGAUAUAUCUAUUUUUUUUUCUUUUCAGGGUGCUGAGAUGUAAAUUAGGUUGACCAAUACAAAAAAAAGUAUAUACCUGUAAAGCAAAGUAAAUCUUAUCGAUUAAAGCUGUCUUCUUUCCAAGUC